AUGGAUUGGUGGGAUUGUAUUAUUUGUAUCUUCAUUUCAGUGUUCAAUUGUUAUUGUCCUUUUUACUUGCACGUACAUCCUUUGCAAGUUGAAAGGGUGGAACUGAGUAAUUCACCAGAUAGAUGGAGAGUUAAGAAAAUCAUUGCAAGCGGUGUUGCUUCUGGUAGCUACAUCAUUCUGAGUACAGCCAUUUUUUUCAGGGCGGCGACACUUCCCGACUUCUUUUCAUAUAAAUUUGAAGGUAGAUCGCUGAUGGGCUCCGAUGAAGAAAUUAGAGCUGCUUUGUUCCUUCAGAUGAGCAUAGUGAACCAGGCUGUACUGUUUGUUAAUUCUGACAAUUGCUACCUUAUCAGAUGUCCUGGACCUGUUGUAGCAUGUACUUUUAUUUUUACUCAGAUGGUGGCACUGGCAACCCAUAAAGCUGUAUAUGGUGACUUGGAUUUGGCACUACCAAAGGGUGUUGGUUGCCUCAGAGCAGGAUUGAUAUGGCUGUACAACUUUGUGGUGCUCAUGACCCCUGUUUUAAUUUGUCACUCAUGGAGGCGUGCAAACAUGACUACUGAGAAGUUGUUGACAGUAUGCAUACAUUCAGCAUCAUGCGUAUGGCUUUGCUCUGGUCACUGUAUGUAA